AUGCACUGGGGGGUUGGCUUUGCCUCGUCCAGGCCGGGCGUGGUGGAUCUGAGCAGGAACCAGAGCGUGUCCUUCUUCGGCUGGUGGGCCGGGUCCGAGGAGCCCUUCUCCUUUUAUGGGGACAUCAUCGCUUUCCCUUUGCAGGAUUACGGUGGGAUCAUGGCAGGGCUGGGCUCCGAUCCCUGGUGGAAGAAAACCCUUUACUUGACCGGGGGCGCUUUGCUGGCCGCAGCUGCGUAUCUGCUUCACGAACUCCUGGUCAUUAGGAAACAGCAAGAGAUUGACUCCAAAGAUGCUAUUAUUUUGCAUCAGUUUGCAAGACCUAACAAUGGUGUCCCCAGUUUAUCUCCUUUCUGUUUGAAAAUGGAAACUUAUUUAAGGAUGGCUGACUUACCUUAUCAGAACUAUUUUGGUGGAAAACUCUCUGCUCAAGGGAAAAUGCCUUGGAUUGAAUAUAAUCAUGAAAAAGUUUCUGGUACUGAAUUCAUAAUUGACUUUCUGGAAGAGAAACUUGGAGUGAACUUAAACAAGCACCUUGGCCCUCAUGAAAGAGCCGUCUCCAGAGCGGUCACCAAGAUGGUGGAGGAGCACUUUUACUGGACGUUAGCUUAUUGCCAGUGGGUGGACAAUCUCAAUGAGACCCGGAAGAUGCUCUCUCUUAGUGGUGGUGGUCCCUUCAGUAACCUGCUGAGGUGGGUCGUGUGCCACAUAACGAAAGGAAUUGUGAAACGCGAGAUGCACGGCCACGGCAUUGGCCGCUUCUCAGAGGAAGAGAUUUACAUGCUGAUGGAGAAGGACAUGCGGUCUUUAGCGGGGCUUUUGGGUGAUAAGAAGUACAUCAUGGGGCCCAAGCUUUCCACUCUCGACGCCACUGUCUUUGGACACUUGGCACAGGCAAUGUGGACCUUACCAGGGACAAGACCUGAGCGGCUGAUCAAAGGUGAGCUGAUCAACCUUGCCAUGUACUGUGAGAGGAUAAGGAGGAAAUUCUGGCCCGAGUGGCACCAUGACGACGACAACACCAUCUACGAGUCUGAGGAGAGCAGUGAAGGCAGCAAAACCCACACCCCACUGCUGGAUUUUAGCUUUUACUCAAGGACAGAGACCUUUGAAGAUGAAGGAGCAGAGAACAGUUUUUCCAGAACCCCAGACACGGAUUUCACCGGACACUCGCUCUUUGAUUCAGAUGUGGACAUGGACGACUACACAGACCACGAACAGUGCAAGUGACAUCCAGCCUCGUCGACCCUUUUCCUUUGGAGCUGCCACCCUCUGGGGUCAGUCGGUUUCCCAGGUAGAAAUCCAUCUGAGCUGGGAGGAGAUCUUCAUGCUUGGCACAGUUUUCACACGCUAACUGGACUAUAGCCGCCUUAUUUAUUUUUUGUACAAACGAAACACAGAACCAUUAAGAUGGCUCCAUUUAAAACAAACAGGCAAAAAAAAAAAAAAAAAAAAAUGUCAGCAUGGUUCCUGAAAUCCACUUUUGUUUUCAUUAGAAAACUAAUAGUUUAUGGUAGAGCAGGUGAAAGAGUGCAUCAUCAACUGAUAGUAUUUAUGUUGAUCCUCUUCAACCUGAGGACUUAGUUGCAAGAUGGAUUCUUGAAUAUCCUUCGUCCACCUGGGUGUGAAGUAAUGACAGAUAUCAGAGAAAAUGUAGGAGAUAAGUGUUCUGUGGGGGCUGCUUGUACUUUAUAUGUGUAUAUUGUAUGUUGAGACAUAAAUCAAAUAAAAUCUAUAGAUAUUCAAUGAACACCUACUAUGUGCAAAGCACUGUGCUAGGUGCUAAUCAGUAUAAGUUUUAUUCUAAGACCUGCCAGUGACUAGCUAUGUGAUUUGGGGCAAGUCCCUUAACUAUUGUGUGCCUCAUUUCUCCCACCUGUAAAGUGGGGAUGACAAUAUUCUCCACCUACCUACCUCACAGGGGUGUUGUGGGGAUUCAUGUGGUAACAUUUGUAUGGCGCUUUAAACCUCUCGGAAGUGGUGCAACAUAACCACAUUUUAUUCUUAUUGUGCUUCCUGUGUGUGAAGAUUUGAGGGCAAAGGAAUUCAAUAUCCAGGAACAACAACCACAGUCACUUGCAAAAGCUGAGCAGGUGAAACACACACAAAGGCACAGUUAGGACUUUGUCAUCAUUCCCCUUUGUGAUCUUGCUUGAAUCAAAAUCUUUUGUUGAAAGAAACUUGGAAAUAUUUUUACAAAUCGUCAACAGCUACAAAUGGUCUUUAAUUCUAUUGUGUAUUUGCAGAAAAGUGUUUCUUUCAUUGCCUGAACUCACACUGGAAUGUUGUUCUUUGUUGACUCCAGAAUGUUAAGUUACCUGUGUUUGAUUUCUUUGGAGACAAUAA